UACUAUCUGGCCGCGGCAAGAAUUCCACUCCAGGUGGAAGCUACCAUAUCACGGCCGAAAAUCUUGUUGGAGCUGCUGAAGCCUUCUUCCGUUCUCCUGCUGGGAACCAACCAAGGAAAGAAUUGCGAGAAGAAGAAUUGUGAGAAGUGAGAAGACUUGCCCGACGUAAUACAGCAACAUCAGGAGAGGAAAAAAUGGAGAGACGAGGAAGAACAGGUGGUUCCAGGGAAAGAGUUACGGGGCUAUGACAGCCGGAGCAUUUGCUGCCUGGUGGUGAGCACAAGAAGAGAAAUAAUGGGGUUACUCCGAAAGAUCAACGAAAACUGCAAUUUGGCUUGCAUUUAUGGGAGGAUAUUAUGGCAGCUGCGCUGGUUUUUGUCCCUUUAGCAUAACGUCCUACGACUCUCCGCGAGACUCCGAGCGAGCGAGCGAGCGAGCUAGAAACUACAAGCCGAGCAGAAAGAAGAAGAAAAAGGAGCUUCAGUUCAGUACGAAACCAUCGUCCUUUCCUCCGACUUCUACGAACGGAUGUGGCGGAUUUUGUGGAUUAUGGAAGUUGGUUUCGUGGACACCAAGCAAAAGAUGGUGUUUUUUUAGUCCAGUGAGGUCAGCUCGCACAGAACUUUGCGAACUUUGCGAACUUUGCGAACUUUGCGAACUGCAAAAAGAAGAUCAUUCACUAAAGCGUUGCUCUGCAGAAAGUUCAACACGCAAAAGGAAAGAUGACAAAACAAGUAUGCCAGACAUGCUCGAAAGCCAGCAAGUUUUACGGGAGUUUUGUGCGUGUAUACAGCCGCAGCCAAUCAUGGGCACAUACCGCAAAAGUCAGAAACGCGAGAGGAUCAAGCUCACAGAUUUGAGCCUUGUCGCGCAGCGGGGCGUCGCAACUCGCAAGCAAAAAGAGCAAAGCUGGAUAUCCACAACAAUGGACAAGCAUUCAAGCUCCUCCAACUGAAUCCUCGCGGCCGAGAGCUUAAAGACAAAUCCAAUCCAAGCUCGAAUGGAAUGGCAAAGAUGAUGGGUGGCGAAGCUUUGGCCACAUCUUGGCACGGCAAAGGAAGCUGACAGCUAAGAAUGAAUGGAAACAAAAAUGCGGGGGAGAGAAACGGACCAUUUUCGCGAAAAGAUUUGUGGAACUCGGCCUCAAGAUAUUUCGUCUUGCUCCACGUCUCUGCUGGUAUGCUUGUGUACAUAUCCUGCAAGGAAGUUUUCACGUAAGCUAAGCAGCAAAGAAGAAAUGGAGGCGCGCACCUAUUCCUAGA